AUGUGGCAGCCUCUCCACGGGCCACUUUGCGGUGGCGGUGGCAGUGGCGGGCCGACUACGGAGCUGCUGCGUGUGCUCGGAUUUUGGGUGAAAUCAGUUAGAAAAAUGGUUACGCGAAGUCUUAUUGACUGUGAAUUAUUGAUAAGUGAAGUAGAGAAACGGCCCGCUCUCUAUAACUUCCAACUGAAAGAGUAUAACGAUAAGAAUUUAAAGGAAAAAUUGUGGACUGAAGUGUGUGAGGCGCUUGUCCGUGGCUGGCAUGACCUUUCACCGGGGGAGAAGAAUGACACAGGAAAAAUAGUACAAAGAAGAUGGAAAUCUCUGAAAGAAUGUUUCAGGCGGGAAACACAACUGCGGAAAGGCAAAGCCGGAGAUAGUGGAUGCAAAAAGAGGAAAUAUAUUUACUUUGACCAACUUUUAUUUUUGACAAGCAUUCCGCGACAACGAAACACCUUAGAUGAUUUAUUGGCAUCAAGAAGUGAUGAAGACGAGGAAAUUGAAGGGAAUGCUACAAACUCACAGGGUCCCACGAGGCUCCCAAAGGAAAAUAAGCCCCAGACCAUUGUUGACAAGAGCCACGAGGAAGAAUUGCUCGGUUUGGUGAGAAAUAAGACACACCAAGAAAUUGAUGCAGAUCAGUUAUUUUUUGCAUCGUUAGUGCCAGAGUUCAAGAAACUCAAGGAUGAUCAAAAGAUUGAUGUAAAAAUAGAAUUGCUGCAGGUAAUUAGGCGAGCACAGCAGUUGUCAAAGGAAAAGUAAUCAGUGUAUGGUAGAUCUGUGCCUCUCACCAAAAUAAGUUGCACUGCGGCAUUAUGGUUAUGUACUUUAUAUUAUACAGACAGUGCGACCUCUUUUUAUCUAAAGUUCUUUUCAAACGGCAGGUCAUCAAUCUCACCAAGUUUCAUUAUUGUAUGCGAAGGUUCACUCCUUAUAAAGAAUGAACCUUCGUUGUUAAACCCCUUUCUUCCCCUAUCCUAGGGUUGUGCCUCUUCGUCUAAUCUCCCUAAACAAUGUCAACUACUUGCCAAGCUUACAUAUAAAAAGUUAUUUCCAUGUACAGUACAAGUCACUGAAAACUUAAAGUAUGCUUAGUUAACAGUUUGCACCAGGUAACAUUGCUAAUGUCCUUAUUAUAGACGCGAUUUCAGUAUUUGCGAGGAGUUUGUGUGAUAACUUUCUUUGCAUAUGUUGUUUUUAAGUAUGUUAAUGAAUUAUUGUUGACAGUGAUACAAUGUCCUAAUAAACCAAUGGUACACGUUCUGUUAUAUAUUAUAUAUGUCCGUGGUUCACCAUCAGCAAAGAGUUGUUAUCAUUAAUAACU